UGUAAAUUGUAACUAAACACUUUGUGUCCUAGUCCUAUGUUUGUGAGUUUGGACAUACUCUGCAUCUAAAACUCUCUAGAUCGACUGUAAUGAUCUAAUCUAAUCUCCGAUCCAAACAAAUGCAUCUACACAAACCCUAAUUAAACAUGUCUAGACGAAUACACACAACCGACGUGGGGUCCAUCGCCUGCGACGAGCUCGACGAAUUGGGCGCCGGAAAAGAAGGCUGGCUCGUUGAAAACCCUAAUUUACUCGCUGCUCUCGAUACCCAUUCAAUUGCGUUGGCUAAUCGUACAAUUGUGCUUAUUCUUCAGUUUAACGGGUCCGGGUCUCGGGUCAAGAUCCGACCCGAUCUGUCCCCAAUUGAGGCCGAGUACAUAUCUGCUAUUGAGUGGUUGGUGUUUGAUGAAAUUAGGGUUCUUGCUCUGGGGACUUCUUGUGGGUAUUUGUUGAUUUACUCUCUCAAUGCUCAGCUUCUUCAUAGACAGAUAGUUUACCCUGGACGGAUUCUUAGGUUACGAGUUCGUGGAACUAAGCGAGAUCUUAAAGAAGAUACAUCAUCUGAGGAGGUUUGCGUGGUUUUGGCAGGCGUAAUUGCCCGUUUUGAUGGGUCUGUUAUUCAGAGUAUGCUGCAUCGUCGCUUUCAAGAAACACAGGAUCAGUUCUGGGAUGAGAUGUCCGAAAAAAGUUCUUUUGAGGAUCCUGAAAACUCUUUUGGUAGACUUCCAUACCAACUGUGGAAUGUUAACAAAUAUGGUUCUUGUGCUGAUGCUGCAAUAACUGGCAUCAUGCCCCCUCCUCUAAUGGAACUUCAGUCAAGUCAACGAUAUUUCUGCGCGGUCACUAUUGGGAAUGAUGCUGUAAUUUCAGCAUUCAGACUUUCGGAAGACAGAAAGAGGUCACUAGUGGGAUCUAUUCUGUCAAAAGUUGUUCCAGCAACAUUUUCAACCAUAGCAUCUUUAUCGAGUAUGUUUUGGCGCAGCGAACCAAAGUCAGUAAAAAAAUCAGAGCCCAAGCCGCAACCAUUUGCCCAAGCUUUUCCUCUCACGUGUUUGAAGGAUAGUCCUAGAAAGGGUGAGAAGCUCACUUUAUCACCAAGUGGUACUUUGGCGGCGAUAACAGACUCACUUGGUCGUAUCUUGCUCAUGGAUACCCAGGCUCUUGUAGUGGUGCGCUUGUGGAAGGGGUAUCGUGAUGCUAGCUGCCUGUUUGUUGAGAUGCUUGUUAAUAAGAAUAUGGGCGCAUCAAGUUCAGCUUAUCAUGGCAAUGUUAAGAGUGACUAUUGCCUGUGUUUAGCCAUUCACGCACCUCGGAAAGGGAUAGUUGAGGUUUGGCAAAUGCGAACAGGACAUCGUCUUCUUACACUAACAUGCAGUAAGGGCAGCAAAUUGUUGCAACCCACAUACAGAUUUGAUUCAUCUAAUGGAUCAUCUUCUUCAUAUGCACCCUUGGAAGCUUUCUUUUUAAAUGGGGACUCUGGCCAGUUGUCAGUGUUAAAUAGUUCUCUAAAAUGACAUCCUGCUCCCGCUUUUGUUUUCUGGUUUUGUGAUAUUGAUUUUUGUUCUUGUAUAUUUAUGAUUUAGUGCCAGUGUCAUAUAUAUACAUGCAUGUAAUCUGUCAGCCCAGACAUUUUGGCCUUCAUACAAGGUUAUGCUCAAGUUAAAAAUCAACCACAUUCUUUUUGGUUAUGGUCAAUUACUAGAAUAUUCUUAUC